AAAGGGUUGAAUGGUUCCUGAGAUUGGAUGCCUUUUGUGACACUGCUGUUGUUAGCACCAUGAACACCAUCAUUGAGAUUUAUGAUGAUGUGAGUGGUAAGCUGCUACAGCUUCAUUCGAACCUCCUAAUUAACAAGCUCGCCUUCAUGGAUGGAGAGGAGAUCAACGAGCAAGGAAAGAGCUUGCCCUUGCCAUUUGAGACUGUUGUCAACGUACGAUGGACUUUGGAGAUGAGGAGGCCCUUUUAUUCCCUUCCACUAUGUUGGAAGAAGGUGAUGAGCAUGACCCUUCCUAGAGUUUUGCUGAUUGGGUUGCUGGAAUGCCCAACAUUGAAGGUAGGAUCUCCUUUUCUCCUCAACUAGCUUCUCCAUCAGCUCAGUUUGUUAGUCCAGUGUCUGCUUUACCAAUAGUCACCACUACACUUGUGCCCCCCAGUAGAUUUAAUCGACAAACAAGAUUAGGGCAUGUCGUGUUUUAGCUUUGAUUUGUUGAUUUUUGUAUUAUAUUGUUUUGAUUUCAUUUCUGCUCGUCUUGAUUAUUGUAUAUUUGCAAAUUAUUAGCUUGAAAUGAAAAUGAAAUAGCUUU